UCAAUAAUAGAGUGCCCAACUCCGCCGUCUCCGCUGCAAAAGCCACAGCCUCUUCCGCAGAAAGAGGAUCCAAAUCGUUGAUGUGGCCUCUGGUUCUUGAUUUCCAGCCUUCCAUGCAUUGCAUCGCAUGUGAAGCCGCGGAGUUUUGGGGCUUGGAUUGCUUGAGAAGGAGGUUUUUGGUUCGGAAGAAGAAGAAGAAGAAGAAUUGGAGGAGAAGGAGGACAUGGGGUUGAUCUCAGGGAUGUUUAUAGGGAUGCUUUUGGGAAUCGCUCUUAUCGCCGGUUGGAGCCGGAUGAUGAGCUACCGCAGCGCUAAGCGCAUCACCAAGGCUAUGGAUAUAAAGCUACUAGGAUCCCUUAAUAGAGAUGAUUUGAAGAAACUCUGUGGUGACAGCUAUCCUGAAUGGAUAUCUUUUCCUUUAUAUGAACAGGUCAAGUGGCUGAACAAGCAAUUGGGCAAACUUUGGCCUUUUAUCUCAGAAGCAGUGACAGCCAUUGUUAAAGAAUCUGUAGAGCCACUUCUGGAUGAUUACCGUCCACCAGGAAUUUCCUCACUGAAGUUCAGCAAAUUUUCUCUUGGAAGUGUGCCACCAAAGAUUGAAGGUAUUCGACUUCAAAGUCUUAAGGAAGGUCAAAUCACAAUGGACAUUGACUUUCGUUGGGGAGGAGAUCCUAACAUAAUUCUUGGAGUUGUAGCACUUGUUGCUUCACUACCCAUUCAGUUGAAGGAUCUUCAGGUUUUCACUGUAAUACGUGUCAUUUUUCAACUUUCUGAAGAGAUUCCCUGCAUAUCUGCUGUUGUUGUUGCACUUCUUUCUGAGCCAAAGCCUAGAUUUGAGUAUACCUUAAAGGCAGUGGGAGGAAGUUUGACUGCUGUGCCUGGACUUUCUGACAUGAUAGAUGAUACUGUGCGUUCAAUUAUUUCAGACCAACUCCAGUGGCCUCACAGGAUUGUUGUUCCACUUGGCGGACAAGAUGUGGACGUUAGUGAACUAGAGCUUAAGCCAGAGGGGAGGCUUACUGUGACUGUUGUCAAAGCAAGUGACUUGAAAAAUAUGGAAAUAAUUGGUAAAUCUGAUCCGUAUGUGAUUAUGUAUGUUCGUCCGAUGUUCAAGGUUAAAACAAAAGUUAUAAGAAACAAUCUCAAUCCUGAAUGGAAUGAAAAUUUUGAUAUGGUCAUUGAAGACAAGGAAACUCAGUCUAUUAUCCUUGAGGUUUUAGAUGAAGAUAACAUGGCACAAGAUAAAAGGUUAGGUAUUGUGAAGUUUUCAUUGAAUGAGUUGGAGCCUGAGGUUUCAAAAGAAAUUGAUCUGAGGUUGCUUCCAGCACUAGAUAUGUUGAAGAUUAAAGAUAAGAAGGACAGAGGGCUCUUGAAAAUAAAGGUCAUGUAUCAUCCUUUCACAAAGCAGGAACAACAAAUGGCCUUAGAAGAAGAAAAGAGGGCGAUAAAGGAGAAGAAAAAUUUGAAGGAAGCUGGGGUGAUUGGCAGCACAGUUGAUGCACUGGGAGGGGCAGCAUCCCUGGUUGGAUCAGGUAUUGGUGCUGGUGUUGGGAUGGUAGGCACCGGAAUCGGGGCAGGGGUUGGGCUCGUUGGAUCAGGACUUGGGGCCGGAGCUGGUUUAGUUGGGUCAGGAAUUGGAGCUGGGGCCGGGAUCGUGGGUUCAGGAAUUGGGGCUGGGGCCGGGUUUGUGGGUUCGGGGAUUGGAGCUGUUGGCAGUGGACUGAGUAAAGCUGGGAAAUUCGUCGGUAGAAGUGUGACCGGCCAGUUCAGUAGCUCUAAGAGACAUGGAGGUCAGCCAAAUUCAGGUCAUGCUGAUCCAAAUGGGAGCUGAAUUUGAGCUAACAACAGCGCAUUGCUUUGCAUUUCUGCAUUUGUAGAUCUUGUUUUCUUUCAACUGUUGGAAUUGUGUCAGGGUUGAUGACUGAUGUGAGAAAAAACAUGAGAUCAUAGUGUUUUUAAUACCAUGCUUGACUUAGAAACUGUUAGGAAGUGAUCUAUCUGUUUCUCUGGUUGCAAGAGUGUGAACCAUUUUCUUCAGGCGAAAGUCUAAAAGGGAUCCUCAACUACCAAACUGUUCAAAUUUAUCA